AUGGAUUCAGUAGGAGACUCUAGAUCCAGAAAAUUAAUAAGGCUCUGUCCUUGUGGUUGCGGCCAGGACAAAUCAGUAGAAUCUGUGGACGACAUAAGAGUGCAAAAGACUGCGAUGGGAACUGGUACUGGCAUGAAUAGAAUUCGCAUAGUCAGGCCAGGGGCCCAUAUUUCAAUGCUUCUCAACACCGUAAUGAGGAAAACCACCUAUUUAAAAUAUUAUUUCUUCGAAUCUCAACUUUUUAAAACGUUUACUAUAGAAAAACAAAUGGUAAAUGUUGCAACCAUGUCCUCCAGACCAUCAUAUGGCGAUGACGCUGUAAGUUACGUACAGCUUAAACGCGAAGGAAAUCUGUGCACAGUGAAAGGCAAAAUCUGCCCAGAACAUAAAGUCCAUGCAAAGUUGUAUGGAGUAACUUUAAUAGUGGACGAACAGCAAGAGGCAGUGAAAUCAAUAGAAUGUCAUGAUUGUGUGGCUUCGCUAGGAGGCUGCAAACACGCCAUAGCUUUUCUGAUGUGGGUCCAUCGCAGGAGUGAGGAGCCAUCCUGUACGUCUGUUGAGUGUUGUUGGAUGAAAUCCAAACUUUCCAGGGUCGGAUCUACCCUAAAAUAUAUAACAGCCAAAGAAUUGUCCAAUGGUAGGCCUAGCUUGUCAUCAAAUACUUCAGUGUUUGAGGAGUUUUUAGAGGAAGGGAAGAGAAGAAAACUAACUAACUGUGAGGUACUAAAAUAUCAAGCCAACUUUGUUUUUGAUCAAAUAAAGAGUUUGUCUAUGCACAAAUUAGUUUUAAAAUAUAAAGAGAGAUCCUGCGAUACAUUUUUGGAGAAAAUGGUAUUAACUGAUACUGAUAUCAGUAGUAUUGAAAAAGAGACAAGGGGUCAACAUAAAAGCAGUCUCUGGCACGAGUUGAGAUAUGGCAGGAUAACCGCUUCACGGGCAUAUGAGUUCAGUCGGUGCAAAACCAGUGAUGGAACAUUAAUCUCGUUAAUAAUGGGUGGAAAAAUUCCAGACACGCUGGCCAUGAAACGUGGUAGAAUUUUAGAAGAGGAAGUAAGGAAGACUGUGAGUACCAAACUGGGAAAAAAAAUUAAUAAGUGUGGUUUAAUGCUUUCUGAAAACUAUCCCAUGAUAGCAGGAUCACCUGAUGGGAUCUGUGAAAACAGUAUUAUAGAAAUUAAAUGUCCUGUGAGUGAAAAAACCUUAAAAAAUUAUGUAUCUAACGGGAAACCAACCCAAAAGUAUUAUGUGCAGAUGCAGCUACAAAUGUAUGUAACAGGACUUAAAAGAGGCUACUAUUGUGGAGCUGAUUGCAACUACAGUGCGAAUAAAAAUGUACAAAUAAUAAGUGUCUCAUAUGAUGAAAAAUAUGUAUUGAACUUUCUAAAUGAUAUAGUUUUUUCAUGGAAAAGUAAUGUUUAUCCAUUAUUAUAUCACAGCACUCUAUACGUUUUGUGUGAAUAUUAA